AUGACCAAGUACAGCCACCCUUACACAACCAGACAAGUCCACCGCCAUAUUCCAGACCAUGACGGCCGUUCCAACACAGACAGCUCCCGCCAUCCACACUGGCACUGUUCCCAUGCCCACGCCUACACACAGGAAAAUGCACAUACUCACGCCCAUGCCCAGGCGCAAGCAGACAUCCAUAUCUGCCGUGAGACACUGACUCCCCGAACCGGCCCAUCAGAUGAGACCGCAUCCCGCCGGAGAUCAUUCCGUAGAGUCUGGCCUUGUGUCUGCGACGAAGCGCAUCCGAACGUAUCAGACCGUGACAUCGACCACUGUGCCCGACAUUGCUUCUCAGAGACGGAAUCAUCCUGUUCCAUUAACGAAGGGUCUAUUCACAACGACAAUGUAGAAGAGAUUCCGCCUGCUUGCAUCCUUGUUCCUGCUGUUAUAUCUGUUCGUGCUCUGGGCAGGAGAGGCAUAGUCACAAUUACAGUCACAGUUAUGGCAACGGUCACCAGCGUCGGAGUGAGAGCCAGGAUCGGAACUCUCGGUCUCGACGACGCGGAAAUCCAAAGGGACAUGAGCUGUGCACUUGUUCGCAGUCCGAGGAUUGUGCCUGUUCUUUGA